AUGGCGUCAGCAGAUAAAUCGAACCCACAAGAAACCGUUGUCGACGGAGAUCACGAAGAAAAGGACCAAAAUCAGACAGCUGAACAAACUGAACCUGAACGUACGGAAGACGAAAAACGUGUAAGAACUCUUACUAACAAAGCUCGAGAUUGCAGAACAGUCGUGAAAUGUGAGUACUGUGAUAGUGAAAAUCAUCACAGCGCACUUCAAGAUGACCGACUCAGUCGUGAAGCCCAGUACAAGGAGACAACUUACCAAAAGAAAGUUGAUGUGCAGAACAAGUGUAUUGUGAUAUGUGGAAUGAACUUUGAAGGAAGAAGUUCAACCUUUCUACCUUGUCCAGCCUACAUGAAAGUGUCAGAAGUUAGAAAUAAUUUGUAUGAUACAUUAAACGAGGAGAUCAUAACUACUGAUAUCUUUGUGAGAACACCCGAUGAUGAUCAACCUGGCCUAUCAGUGAAUGACAGAGAAUUCCUGAAGAUCAUGGAUAGUGAAUGUUACCGAGAUGAAAAUGGGUCCCGGACCGCACCUCUUCCAUUUAAAACAGAUCGAAAAAGACUUCCCAACAACCAUGAACUAGUUAUGAAGAGAACUUUAUCAUUCUUAGCAUCUUGUAAGAAGAACCCUUUGAAAAUGGAACAUUCAAUUUCUUUUAUGGAGAAAGUAUUUUCCAAAGGACACGCAGAAAUAGCACCAGUACUUAAAAAUGAAGAAGAGUGUUGGUAUCUUCCUAUAUUUGGAGUCUACAACCCCAAAAAACCGAAGCAAAAACGCAUGGUUUUUGAUUCUUCCGCAACAUUCCACGGACAAUCUCUCAACUCCAUCUUGUUAUGUGAUCCAGAUUUAACUUACAGUCUUCAUGGAGUACUGUUAAGAUUCAGAAAGGAGAAAAUAGGAGUGACAAGUGACAUUGAACAAAUGUUCCAUUCAUUCAAAAUUCGAGAAGAUCACAGGAACUUUGUUCGCUUUAUUUGGUUUCAAGACAAUGAUCCCACUCUACCACUAACGGAAUACCGGAUGUGUGUUCAUCUCUUUGGUAAUUCACUAUCUCCGGCAGUAGCAACUUAUUGUUUAAGACGAUGUAUUCAAGAGAGAAGAGACUGUGACCCAAGAGUAUAUGAAUUUGUGAACCGAAAUUUCUAUGUCGAUGAUGGUCUCGUAUCUUAUACAGAAGAAGAUGAAGCAUUUGAAAUCUUACAGAGUACACAAACUAUACUUAAAGAGGAAGGGAACUUGAACUUUCAUAAAUUUGCGUCGAACAGUCCACAAGUCAUGGAUAAACUUCCUCCAGAAGAUAGGGCGAAAGACUAA